GGCUGAGAAGAUGGGGACCCGGGACUUGAGAAACAGUGCUCAGGACACAGUGACCUUCCCCGACGUGGCCGUGAGCUUCUCCCUGGAGGAGUGGCUAUACCUAGACGUCUAUCAGAGGAAGCUCUACAGAGAUGUGAUGCUAGAGACCUACCAGCACCUUCAGGCCUUAGGGCAUUGCAUGGUGAAACCUGCACUGAUCUCCUGGUUGGAAGGUGGAGCCCUGGGGAGGCUUCAGAGAAGUGCAUUUGCAGAAAGUGAACUGCAGCUUCGUCAGUGUACAUUUCAGCAGUUUGAUUUUGAAAAGGGAUCACCGCGUAGGAAUGAGAAACUAGGCAGGGAAUCCAGCCUUGGUUUCCCACAUGCCAUUGUAGGCUCUCCACUCAGCUGGCACUAA